AUGUCUUCAUACUACCAGUUCAACCAGCACGCGCAUCCUACCCCUGCCGUCCCUGGCGCCUCCCACAACCACCACGGCGGCCGCAAUCGCAGACAGCCCAGGCUCUCCGUCUCCCAAAAUGCGCACAAGCAGUUCCGCGGCGUUCGCAGCAUGAAGGAGCUGACCGAGACCGCUUCCAUCAAUGUUUUCCGCACCAAGUUCGAGGCUGGCCGCUCGUUCGACCUUGAGGACGACAUGGAGUUUUGCCCUGGCCUGUUGACCGACAGCGACAUGCACUCCAUCAGCGCCUCUGAACGCUCCUCCCUGGCGAGUAACUCCCCGGAGUCGUCGCCUACGCAGCAACCCCAGACGGUUGCUCCCGGCUUCUCCCUCAACUCUUCCUCUCCCGCCUUUAUUCCUCCCGCCUACCAGCACCAGAGCUUGAAGAUCCACCAGCCGUCCGCUACCCGCGCCCGCAACGCCAUCCCCAUCGUCAACCCUGCCACGGGCAUCCAGAUGUCCAGCCCGCCGCCUUCGGUAUCCCCCGCCAGGAUGCAGCAGGGCAUGCGCAGGUGGUAA